GCCGGCUACUCCCACCAGCUGCCGCUUCUGCCGCUGCCGUGAGCACCGCCCCGCGUAGCGCCAUUGGCCCCGCCGCUCCGCCAGCUGCGCCGGGCCGCGGGCCGGGAAGCGGGGGGCGCGCAUGGCUGGGCGCCGCUGAUGCCGCCGCCGUCGCGCCGCCCUCCGAGGCUGCGUCCCGGGAAGCCCAGCCCCUCUCGCCCCCCGGCCCGGCCCGGCGCCCGGGAUUGGACCGCGCCCCCAUGGAGGCGCCGGCGCUGGCCAACGCGGCCGCGGCGGACCCCGACCCCCUAGAGAGCCAGGGGGAGACCCCCGACGGGGCGCCCGCGCACUUGCCGAGCCCCGACGCGCCCUCGCCGGAGUCGCCCGCCUACCGCCUGCAGGACUUCGACACACUGGCCACCGUGGGCACAGGCACGUUCGGGCGGGUGCAGGUGGUCAGGCAGAAGACGGCCAAGCGUUUCUUCGCCUUGAAGGUCAUGAGCAUCCCGGACGUCAUCCGCCUGAAGCAGGAGCAGCACGUGCACAACGAGAAGUCGGUCCUGAAGGAAGUUAGCCACCCGUUCCUGGUCAAGCUGUUCUGGACGUGUCACGACGAGCGUUUCCUCUACAUGUUGAUGGAGUUUGUGCCCGGUGGGGAGCUGUUCAGCUACCUGCGGAACCGGGGUCGGUUCUCCAGCAACGCGGGGCUCUUCUACUCGGCCGAGAUCAUCUGUGCCAUUGAGUACCUACACUCCCGAGAAAUUGUCUACAGGGACUUGAAACCGGAAAACAUUCUCCUGGACAGAGAUGGUCACAUCAAGCUCACCGACUUCGGCUUCGCGAAGAAACUGGUAGACAAGACGUGGACUCUUUGCGGGACGCCCGAGUACCUGGCCCCCGAAGUCAUCCAGAGCAAAGGUCACGGCAGAGCGGUGGACUGGUGGGCACUGGGCAUCCUAAUAUUUGAGAUGCUUUCGGGGUUUCCUCCAUUUUUUGAUGACAACCCAUUUGGCAUUUAUCAAAAAAUUCUUGCCGGCAAAAUAGAUUUCCCCAGACAUUUGGAUUUCAAUGUAAAAGACCUCAUUAAGAAACUUCUUGUUGUUGACAGAACAAGGCGUCUCGGGAAUAUGAAGAAUGGAGCAGAUGACGUGAAGCGCCAUCGUUGGUUCCGGACGGUGGACUGGGAAGCUGUGCCCCAGAGGAAACUGAAGCCCCCCAUUGUGCCCAAAGUGUGUGGCGAGGGGGACACCUCCAACUUCGAAGCGUAUCCUGAGAAUGACUGGAACACAGCGCCUCCAGUGUCACCCAAAGAUUUGGAAGUCUUCAAGAAUUUCUGAAGGCUAGGAAUCCACAUUCUGGAAGAAACUGGAUGAGGUGGGCCGGCCUGGGAUGCACAGCUGCAUAUAUGUAGACCUGAAGAAACACCGUCUUGUUGUGAGAAGGACAGGACCGCAUGUAGACACGCCUCUCUGUAUAUAAAGACAUGGGAGAGCUGUGGACAGUCACGGACCUGCCGUUAUUUAAGCAACUGGAAACCUACUGCCCAGUAGGACGUUCUGAGAACUCGUUUGGUGGUAGAUUUUAUCUUUUCCUUUAGCAUUGGGUUCCUACUGUCUUAUCUUGGUGUUUCUCCUAGACUCAGCUUUAUAAGUUUGAACUGAAUAUGUUCAUUUAUAACCAGAAUUUGUGCGUGCACGUGUGUGCGUCUGUGUGCACAUGUGUGUGUGUCUGUGCGUGUGCGUGUACAAAGACAAUAUGACUGGCUCACAGGACUGUGCGUGUUCAUGUAAAUGUUCACCGUUUGUAGAGCGUAUGAUGUUAAGUUUUCAAAUUCCUUUUUCUAGGAUUUGUUCUCUUGGGGACAAAAUCCAAAAAGUAUGAUGCGUGCAUUUGUUUGUUUUUUAUUACUACCUUCUAUGCAUUUUUCGUUACUCGUGUGGAAACUAUCACGUGGCAUUCUAUAGCUAACACCUUUAAUGCUUCAGAUGUGGUCAGUGGAGGUCUUACCACAAGGAAGGGAAGGAGACGUGGGUUUGGAUUUUAGGCCAGGAAUAGCCAGUGAGUGUUAAAGUUGUUCAAUGAAUGGAAUGCCAUCAGGACAUUUUCUGUUUCCCCCAAAUUGCGUAGUGCAUAGAGGGGGAGGCUGCCUACUAAAACUUCAGUUAGAAUCUCUUGAAUAGAACACACCUCCCAAAGCUAACCACCGAGUGUAUUGUCUCGUGUGCAUGGAUGACCUCCGUGCAAAGCUUUCCUGUUCAUUUUCAUGUGGGAAAAGUGAGACACAAAUGACCUAUAGGAUGUCAGCGUUUGACAUAGUAAGUUGAACGUCACUCAUUUCUGCCCAGUUUCUUUUCUCCUUGUUGUAAAGAUGGUCAAGUUGAAUCCAUCCAGCAUCUUUUGGUCUCACCGACAGGACAGAUUUGAGGAGGGUUAGCGGUGGGUGACAUUUCUUGUCUUUGGAACCUGAUCAUGAAGAGAACUUGACGAGAACCCUGGGACUCUUUCAGGAUUGACUGAGGAAGGCCAGGUGUGGGGUUGGCCACAAUACGUGUGUGACUAGAUGUGGGACUUCUGAGAAAUGUGUCACUGAUACAGGUCCCUGGAGUCUUUGUUCUGUGUAUUUCACUUCCUACUCUACUCUUGUUCUUCUGCUUCCGGAGUCUAAGCUGCGUUGUAAAAAUCCAAAGGGGUUGCCCAUUUCCUGUUGACUCUGAGUCAGCUGGAAAGACACAGUUGCCUAAAACUGGUGUGUGUCUGGUUGGAGGGCCCGCCUAUGACCUUCCCUGUGGAGAUCUGUGCAUUGAAGAUGGAGGUUCCAGAACCUUCUGUGACAGGGCUACACCCACGCGGACCUCCAGGACCCCUCUGCACCCUCCUUUUUCUCUUGUGCUAUGCCCGAAAGGUCCCGUUCCUUGGGCAGCUGGCAUGGGGCAAUACCAGAAGGAUGCCUGGCACCCUCUUAGACCCCUGCAGCUCAGGUGCGCUUGAGUCACCUGAUGGUUUCUUUGUCGUCGUUAUUGCCUUCCCAUGCUGUGCCCAGGAAGGCAUGCUGCCUCCAGCACUUGCUACCUCUCUCUCCUGCAGACACAUCUAGGGAUGUGGAGAGCUGCCACUUGGGAAAGUCAGACUUUUUCCCUUUUACGUAGAAACAUGUCAAAGGAAAUACAUUCUCCUAUCAGCUUUGGCCAGAUUCCAGUCACAAAUGAGAAGGCGGGGGCUGUAUGUUUGGGACGAGAACUUGCCCUUCUAAAACGUUAAAACUCAGUGAAAUUAAAGACCCUAAACAUUCCGCCUUCUCAUACAUGACCUGUUCUUCAAACAGGGAUCAACUCAGGACGUGAGCGCCAAGUACAAAAUUUAUUACAACAAACUCUUUAUGAGUAACUCAGUGAAAAAUUAUUUCCCAAGGGUGCGCUACCCAUGUCCCCAGAGAACUUCGUUCUCCGUCUGUGCUUCUCCGUCAGCAUGCUGUGUGGCUUCAAUGGAGGGCAGCCAUGGGCCAAAACUUUAGGAAUCUCUGAACUGUUUCAUCACUGAAUGUCAGGUUAGAUUGGCAAAGUGACUUUGUGCAGUGAGGUGUGGACCCAGAAAGAACAGCCUGGCUCAUGUCUUCUGACUAUAAAAUAAAUAAUAACUAUCGUUAUUAUUGUUAUUGUGGAUCCUUCUACUUUAAAAAAUAAAUGAACCACCGUCCUUGAAUACAAUAAAAAACUGUACUCAGGCCUAUCCCCCCAUAUACUUAUUUUUAGGUGCAGUUCUUACUGUCCAGGGUUUAAUAAGGAAUAUGAAAAGAGCAUCCAGAAAGCAUGGAAUGCACAGCCUUAAGUUUGGACAAAUAUGCAGGAGUGUUUGAAUGCAUCGAUGACAUUGUCCUUCAAAAACCUUGCCAUCAGCCAAGUGACACAAAUUGGAAA